AAGGACUGAUGACGCAACCACCCACCUCCACACCCCACCUCUAACUCUAACUCCCACCCCUUUCUGCCAACAUGAUAAGUGCAAAGAGACGAGCCUUUUGAAUUCGUGGAUAAAAAACCAAAAGAGAGGUAACUUCACAAGACUCAGGAAAGUUUUGGCAGAGACAGCAGCUGCUGCUGUGGAGUUUGUUAUUUUGUUUGUUUGUUUGUUUUUUGUCCCGUCCAUGAGCUACUAAAAAAAAAAAAAAAACUAAGAAAAAGAAAAAAGCUGAGCAGAGGGCGCACGGUACGCUGCACAAUCCCAACAAGGACGCCGAAGAAGCACUUCCCAGAGAAAGAGAGAAAGAGAGUGAGAUCCAAUCUCACUCUCCUCGCUGAAGUCCUCGGAAGAUCGUGUCUAUCGUCUCGAAACUGGACCAUGUCUAGUAAAGCAACUUUAGCACUGCUCAUCUAUGGAAUCAUAAUGCAUCACUGCAUCAACUGCUCGCCUGUAGGAAUAAGCUUUCCAAGUAUAAGACUUGACAGUGAGCUUUACGAUGAGGGUGGCAACUCCUUGCCCUCCCUGGAUUAUGAUGGAGAUCAGUUGGAGGCGAGAAGCCCCUCUUCUGUCGCAGACGACAUCUUCACCAUGUUCUACCCGUCAGAGAAAAGAAUGGAAAGGCAUGCAGACGGCAUGUUUAAUAAAGCCUACAGGAAAGCGCUGGGUCAGUUAUCAGCAAGGAAAUACCUUCAUUCUCUGAUGGCAAAACGUGUAGGUGGGGGCAAAACGCUGGACGACAGCUCGGAGCCCCUCUCCAAGCGACACUCAGACGGGAUCUUCACAGACAGCUACAGCCGCUACAGGAAGCAAAUGGCUGUCAAGAAAUACCUGGCGGCGGUCCUGGGGAAAAGCCUUGAAGACAUAGGUAUUCAACAUAUCCUACAAGCGAUAGACUUUGACGCCCUCCCGGACGGGGAUGAGCUUGACGCUUUUUUGGGAGACUGGCUGAAACAGUUUUCUCCCGAAUUUGCGGUGAGUUUCCGGCUCUUUCCCGAAACUGGGACUUCUCAAGUCCCUCCUUCUUUUUUCUUCUUCUUUGUCCUAGUCUUUUUUUCUCACUUUGUGAGGUUGCUUUAGAGUCUCGAAUCAAACUCUCCUUUCACCUCAUCUGUGCUUCUGGCUCACGGACAACAGGAACACAGGUUGCUAAUGAAGACUGAGAAAAGGAAAUUGGCCAAUCUGACGUAACCUUUGAGGUUGCAGUGGCAGGUCAGACUUUUUAAAGAGCGGUUAUGUAAAGAUGCUAUCUAUUUUACCUGUAGUGGAAAGAUGCUGCACAUUAGUGAGUUUGUAGGAAAGUGAAUAUAUCCUCUGAGCAGUAGAAGGACCUGGCCACAUUAACAGAUAUUUUUGCAAAACAGAAACUGCUGCAUUUGCACAUCACGUCCACGACCAUAUGAAAUUUUGCCAAAGACAAAAAAAAAAGUUAACUUUCAGAAAUAUUUUCUAAAAUGAAUACUUGAGAUGUUUAUGUGUGUGCUAGAUAUCUGAGUGCAGCAGACAUGAUAAUGUAGUUGCCUGGCCACCUUUGUUUCUGUACUAGAUGCUACAACAAAUGAGACAUGUUUGAAUGUCUUUCCACAUCUGCUUCACAUUCUCCUGACUUUGUUGUUAAUAAUUGAUAAUUGAGGGGGAAUUAUUGUUAAUGAAAACGUUAGCUGCGGCUGUUUUAGGAUAAAUCUGUUGCCCUACACAGCUUUAGCCAUGCUUAGGAUAUUUUCCUUUGGAAAUUUGACGUAUUGUUGACCUUAUCGCCACCUGUUGGCACAGCAUAGGUUUUGCAAGGUUGCUAAUUGUGGAAUCCCAGAGACAGUGCAGAUGUCAUUGUGAUCAAAAACACAGGGGGGGAAGUACCUGUAGUUGUGUAGCUUAAUUGAAGUUUACAGAGACCCAAGUAAAGAAAAUAGCCCAAGCUGAAGGCCCUAUACAUUUUUUUGUUGAGCUUUUUUGUGCUUUAAUGACAUGCUAGGCUAAUGCAAGCGUGGCUUCUCUAUAUUUCACAUAAGACCACUUAGAAUUGUAUAAGUUGGGGUUUCAAGUGAGUUUCUGUCAAUAAAACUUUGAGUAAGAGCAGUUCUCCCACAUUAUAAACCAAAUACUUUAUUGUGAACAUUGUAAAUAUUUAUGAGCAGUCAUUUAGCACAGCUACGGCCAAGUUUUCUCUAAAACAGAAAAUGUGGAGUGGGUUUAGACUGACUUGCUGUUCAGGCCUAAUCUAGUUUGAAAUCUUUGAGAAUGUUGAUAUGGUGCAUACUAGGUUUUAGUACAUUUAAUCUGUUGCUUAUUUAAUUCAUAUCUCAUUACACUUCCAACAUUCUGUUAAUUUGAAAAUACAAAAUCAACAGUUUCAAUAAGAUUAGAUUCACUUGCCAACUAAGAUUUUCUCUAGUUAAAGUAUUUUGAUCCAACCAAAUAUCACAUAGCCAGUGAAAAAUGGUCCCUUGUCCCUAAAAACGUGUCCUUCAGACACCAAAGAGCAUUAUGUUGUAUUCUCCUUCUACAUGGAAAUUGUAUUAUUCAUAAUUUCUGGUUGUAAUUUCAACACCACCCCCUAAAAAUCAGAAUUCUUUAGUGUCCAAAACUAUGUUCACAUAGAACAUAGCAAAAGUUACAGGUAAAAACUACUUAUCAGCACUCAUGAGGUUUUGCAUGUUAUUAUUCCAGUGACACACAUAGUGCUCAUAAGAGCAGCCAGUUUGACUAGAUGUGGACCUUUUAAAGUGACCUGGAGAAAAGAAGCUAAAAUAGGAGAAACAUAGGCUUCCCUACACACUUUAUAGUUUGAUACAUUAAAAUGAUGCAAAUGAAUGCAUUUUAAGAUUCAUAUGUCACUAGAAAGUCCUUAAUUAUAAUUCUUAUGUGCCUUAGUGAAAGUGAAUAUUCUAAACCUUCAGUAUUACCCACUCUCCUACAUACCUACCUUGAGGUCAAAUGCCAUAAGAUACAUCAGCAUCACCUUCUUAUGAAUUUGACUUGUAUACAUAUUUAGAUCACUGGCUAAAUGAGCUGCAAUGACUGGCUAAAAAUUCAACUGCCCUGCAGAUCUCAUGCAUCAUAUGUACCUUAAAUGUGUUUGACUGCUACUCAGAUAUCACUAAAAAAGACCCAACGUUAACAACACUUAAUCUCAUAACAUCGUGCAAACACUCUGUCUGCACUGAAGGCUCAUCACAGCAAAAGUACUUUCCCUCGAACCUAUUCCACAUCCCUGAUCCCAAUGCACAUGCACCGUUCAUAUUGAGACAAUCAAAACUGACACGUAAAACCAAUUGGAAGAAAUACAUUAUGCACAAUAUAUACGUAAAUGAGAAAAUGCGAACAAAUAAUCAAAUUAAAACGUCGCAAAACUGAUCUCAGUGUUAAAAUAACAGUAAAGUAUCUCGGCUUUGGUGAGAAUUUAAAAAAAUGAUUACAAUAACUAUGCGAAUGGCAGCACAAUAAGAACCUUACAAGUCUUAGUUUACAAAGGUGGGUAAGUUAAGAUUUUGUUUUUUUUACUUUGGAAAAUUAUGCCUUUAGUUUUCAUCUAAAAUCAUUUAUUUAAUCAAGCAUUAUUAUUGUGUUGUGUCCGAGAAUUAGUACACAUUAAUUAAUCCACUUUAUAUUAAACGUAGACGGUUAUUAUCAGUAAAUAUAGUGCUGGAUCACCAGGUGUGAACAUUUUUAGAGUGUUUUAAUUAGGCAAAAUUAACUAAAUCCCUGCCCCUUUGACAGUUUCUAUUAAUUUUCUACUGCUCUUUGUUCACUUUUCUACAAAUUCAUUAAGAUAUGAUACCUUUCUGCCUCAAACAAAUAAACAUAUGACUAUUUAUAUGUUUACAGUACCUCGCUGAAAUGAGUCCAUGCCCCGUUAGAUCCACAUGAUUUCCAAAAGUAGAAAAUAUCAGAUUUGAGAGGAGGAACAAAUAAUUUUUAUUUUUUAAUUUAAUUUUUUUUACUUUUUCCUCAUUUUUCCUCCCACUUCAGCAAUGUUUACAAAGAGAUGCUCCACUUUUGACUCAUGUAAAGUGCCAAUGCUGUGUACUCACCAACUUCAAUCCAAUGGGUUUGGAGAUUUUCUCGUCUCUUUGUCCAUAAAAUAAGUAUCAACAACAUUUCAAGCAUAAAAAGCAAACAACAAGCAGAAAAAUCCCAAAAAAGAAACAAUGCUUGUUACAUGGUUUUCUUCAAUUUGUUCUCUGUAAGGGACAUACAAAGUGGUUUGAACUCUGGAUCUCUUGUGCUUCCCUAUUUUCUGUCAUGUGAACCGCUGUACAAACUCCAAGCAGACUGCAUGAUUAAAGUAAUUGCACCAGCUCAUUGCAUCUGUGCAGACAACUAGAUGGUUUUGCUUGCUUUCUGACUUCUACGUACAUACAUAUCUACCAUUGCUGGAUGUUUUGUGCUCUGUUCUUCUCACUUACUCUUCUACACAAGUAGUUUGUUGGACCUUGGUUUGAAUGUACUUUAUUGUUGCUCAAUCUGAUCCAAUCUAUUAAAGCCUUUUUUUUUUUAAAGAUAAUUCCAAAUAAGCAUCUUAUGAUUUCUGCCUGCAAAGAGAGGCACAAAAGCUGCCUUAAGUGAUGACAUAUUAAGGACAGAAAGCACAUAAACCGAGGGGAAGCAGGCAAUAAAUCUGCUGAUUUUCAGGCAAAGUUAACCAACUUCCAGGUGAAUUAAUUUGAAAUAUCCCCAAAAGUACAUUUAUUUCAGGAAUUCAAUACAAAAUGUCAGUUUCAACUAUCAGAUAUUGUAGAUUCAUUACACAUGGAGUGACAUAUUUUUUUUUCAGUUUGAUGGAAAUCUAAUGGGGGGAAAAAAGCAUUUAGACUAAACUCAUUUUAAAAAAAGAUAGUUGUCCAGCAGAUAAUCAUUAGGGCAAGCCACAAAACAUUUCUAAAGAAGCCUGCUAUUUAAAAAAGUUCUGCAGGCAAGUCUAAAAAAAAGAAAGUUGAGUGGAAGAAAAUAGUACAUUAGAAAGAGGUGCACAGAGAUUAUGCUGCACAGAAUGGCUGUGUAUAAUAAUAGAUUUCAUCUCACCUGUAUUGUAGGUUCUGGUGUCCUUAUUCCUCCUAUUGACAGAUCUAGAUUCAGAAUUGGAUUGCUGCAGUUUUAAAGUGUGUCACAAUCAUCCCAAUACUACUUGUGUAUUUUUUUCUAGCACACUUUUUUCUUCCACUCAACUUUCCUUUGAUGUGAGAACAAGCAGCUUCUCCAGUGGUUUGUCCUCCUCUUAGGUGUCAAUGAUUGCUUGUUGAACAACUGCCAGAUCACUGCUUUUCACUUUGAUUGUGUCUUCUAUAACCUUGCAUUUCUCUGUUAAAAGUUGAACGUAAUGUUAACAUUUUUUGAAAUUUUGAGUUUUGGGAUUUUAUAUCAUGCAUAUUUAUAUUUAUAUUCUGUAUAUUUAAAUCAAAAAUAUACAGAAACUUUUCAAGAUAUAUCACUCAGAGUGUAAUGAACCUGUAGAACACAUGACUAUUUUUUAAAAUUGAAUUUCUGAAAGAAAUCAUCUCACUGACGACGUUCUAAUUCAUUAAUUUCCUGUAUGAGGAAUAAUUAAAGGACAGGAUUAAAGUUGUUCCAUCCGUCUGUUACUGUAUCAAUUUUUCUUUACUUCUGCGUUUUCCUCCAGGCUUUGUGACGCAGGGGAGGAGUUUGCAGCUGUGGUGCCUUGCAUCGACUGUAACAAAAAAAAAAAAAAAAAAAAAAAAAA